GAGAAUCUUGGGCCUUGAGUAGAUUUUCUUAUAAAUGCGGAAUCUUUAGUAAAAUCUUCACUCACAAGUCAUCCAAAGCUGUAUCAAGAAACGUGUACUUUCAAGAUGUUACUUGAACCUCUAGCAAUUUGUCUGAUGGUUUCGAUGGCGUUUGCUGAACCAAUUAAGAAAUAUAAUUACGAAUGUGAAACGCGCACGGGUAACUUUGAAGGAGACAUGCUGCUGCAACAGCGCCAGCUGGACACGAUCCGUACCGGAAGACAACCCGUGGUCACCGAAGUGGACAGAUGGAUCAACAAUGUGGUCCCGUACGUGCUCGAUUCGGAAUAUUUAACAAACUACCAUGGACAGCAAGUUCGCCAAGCCAUGACCCAAAUAGAGCAGGUCAGCUCGGUUCGGUUUGUGCCCAAGCAGCACGAUGUCGUAGACUACCUGGUCAUAUCCGGUGAACCAACGGGAGGAUGCUGGGCCACGCUGGGACGGAAUCGGGGACUCAACCGGAUGAAUCUGGCAACGGGCGAGUGCUUCUCCGAGGGAACCAUCGUGCACCAGCUGUUGCAUGUUUUGGGCUUUGGCCAUGCUACGAACGCGCUGGAUCGUGAUUUUCACGUGGAUAUCGAUUGGGAUCAAGUGCGGCCCGAACAUUAUGAGGGUUUGGCGAUCUACCCGGGGGUGGCCAUGCCGGACUUUGGAGUUCCGUUCGACGAGGACAGCAUCAUGAACUUUGGGACGACGCACUUCGGUAGAAAUGGUUCGGUUACCAUCAGGGUUAAGCACGGUGCCCAAUCGUUUGGCCAAAGAGAUAAGAUGAGCGUGAAGGACAUCAUGAAACUAAAUAAAAUGUAUCCUUGUGGAUGGUGUUGAAAUUUGGAUGCCUUACCCAGCGUAAAAUAUUAUAAUCUCUCUAUGUUUUAUUCAUGUACCAAAAAUAUACCCUAAAAAAUAUAUUUAUAAAAAAUAUAUAUUUUUAUAUCUAUAAUCCAAGUGUACUAUUCAAAUGAUCCUAUCUGCAUAUAAAACCCAAAGCACUUAGGUGAUAUUUAAAAUGUACCGAGAUUUGAUACCACUCACUGAUAUACCCGACCAGAUGCUAAUGAAAAUGUAAUUAAUCAAUAUAAAUAUAAACAAAAGAAGCAAU